AUGCUGCUCGACGCCGUGGGACUGAGCCAGAGCGGCCGGCCGGAGCUCGUGCAAGGCGAGGUGGAGAGGCUGAUCAUUGACAAGGUGGACCUCAGCUUCGAGGGACGUGGCGGUGUGGUGGGCAGCACAUCGGACAAAUACACUGGUGGAUAUGCAGUUCUCACAUCCCAUCGAGUGCUGUGGAUCGAUGCUGCCGCUUCCCCAUCGGCAGGGUUGUCAUGCUUUGUGCCUCUCAGUGCAAUCCACAGUACAGAGGUGUCAAAAUACUCCUGGGCAAAAAAAGCACCCAAGCUGAAAUUGAGCACCUAUGAGUCUGAGGAUGGCCGACCUGCAGCAGGUGGGAUGGGUGCUGUUCGGGUGGGCAAAGUCUCCCUGGUAUGCCAUGGAGGCAUCACAGAGAAGAUCCGUGAGCAGCUGGAUCUGGCCUUGCAGCAGAAGGCCUGGAGGCAGUCGGAGGCUUCAGUGUCUGGCCAAACGCAUGACAGAGUGGACGGCAGCCGAGCUGCAUCAGCAUCUGCAGCGGGCCCAAGGAGCCAUCCUGGAGUGAAUGUUGAGUUCCUGGAGCAGCUGGUGUCCAUGGGGUUCAGCCACAACCGUGCUAUUCGUGCAAUCCUUGCAACACACAACACCAGCGUGGCUGCUGCCCUCGACCACAUUUUUGCUUUCUACCAUGACCCCACACUCGACUACGAAUUGGAUGGUGACAGUGCUGGUUGGGUGCUGGUCAACAGCUCAAAUGCUGACGACUCGCUUCAGACUGUAAGGCCUCCUGUAGGGAGUGCAGGGGUGAUGGGGAUCAUGAGGAAGCAGGAGGAGCAAGCAAAAGAGGCCACAAAAUCCCUGCAGACUGCGUUCCAGGACCUCGAGGCGCUGAUGGGUAUGGCGCACACGAUGGUUGGGCUAGCUGAGAAGUUUCACAGCAAGUUGAGGGGCGCGGGCACAACGAGCGAUGACGAGCUCAUGGACGAAGAGACGAUGAGCGAGCUGAUACGAAUGGGCAUCGCAAGCCCCGUCACAAAAGAAUCCGCAGGCGCCCGGUACCACCAGGAGCUCGCCCGCCAGCUGUCCGACUUUCUUCUGGCGCCCCUCGAGCGCGCCGGCGGCAUGAUGACCCUCACGGACGUCUACUCCCUCUUCAACCGCGCCCGGGGCACCGCCCUCAUAUCCCCCGACGACCUCCUCCAGGCCUCGGGCCUGUUCCCCAGCCUGGGCCUGUCCCUGCGCUUGCACACCUUCGCCAGCGGCGUGAUCGUCAUCCAGUCGCUCAGCCACAGCGACAGCAAGGUGGCGGAGACGAUCGGCGGGCUGGUGGCCGAUGACGCGAAGUGCCAGGCGCCCAUCAGCGCCUCGGACGUGGCCAAGGCCAUGAAGGUGCCCGUGACCAUCGCCCAGGAGCACCUGCUCACUGCGGAGCAGCACAGGGUGCUGUGCCGCGACGACGGGCCCGAGGGCCUCAGGUUCUUCAGGAACUUUUUCUGGGACGCGGCUGGAUAG